GAUGGGCCUACCGUAAUUACCCUCCUUGUGUUCCUGCUGCCUGAAGGAGUAAGAAGCUUUGUGGGGCCCACCGUAAUUACUUCUCUAAGCUCCUCCACACACUUUCUCCACAAUGCUUCAGCAAGCACUUAACUCCUGAGAGAAAGUAACCAUCUCAUAAGAUUACUUGGAGUUUGAAAGACCCCAAACUGCCACCUCUAAACUUAUCCACCUCUUCUGCUGUGGCUUUGGAUCAUCAUCACAUCAGCCCUCCCUCAUGAGAACUCUUCUCUGUCAGAAAACACAGCCAAAGAAAAUGUUCAUGCCAACCAAGAAGCUCUAGAUGACUUAAACAAGAAGCAGGAGCCAUGGCCACUACAAACCCUUUGGAGAACCUCCAGGUGGAGGCCAGCUGUUCCGUCUGCCUGGAGUACCUGAAGGACCCCGUGAUCAUCGACUGCGGCCACAACUUUUGCCGGGUUUGCAUCACCCGCUGGUGGGAGGAGCUGAACCGUGACUUCCCUUGCCCCGUCUGCCGCAAGACUUUUCGGCACCGCACCCUGAAGCCCAACCGGCAGCUGGGCAACAUGGUAGAGAUAGCUAAGCAGUUACAGGUCACCAACAAGCGCAAGGUGCGGGAUGAGAACUUGUGCGAGAAGCACAAUGAGGUGCUCCGUCUUUUCUGCAAGGACGAUCAGGAAGCUGUUUGUUUGGUGUGUGAGAUUUCCCACGAGCACCGGUCCCACAUGGUCGUGUCCUUGGAUGAUGCGUCCCUGGAGUACAAGGAAAAGCUCCAGAAAUGCCUGGCACCUCUGGAACGGAAGCUGCAGGACAUCGCGUACUGCAAAUCCCGGGAGGAGAAAAAGCCCGGGGAGCUCAAGCGGAAAGUUGAGAGCCGCCGCCAGCUCAUCAUCAGCGAGUUUGAGGAGAUGCAUCAGUUCCUGGAGGAGGAGCAGCAGAUACUUCUGCUGCGGCUGGAGGAUGAGGAGAAGGAGAUCCUGCAGAAGUUGAAGGAUAAUGUGACCCAGCUGUCUGAGCAGCGGCUCUCCCUCAACAGCCUCAUCACAGAGAUUGAGGAGAAAUGCUUGCAGUCUGGCAUAGAGAUGCUCAAGGAUGUCAAGAACACUCUGGAAAGAUGUGAGGAGGUCCAAGCCCAGGAGCCAACUCUGAUUUCCAUUGAGCUGGAAAAGAAUUUCUGCAACUUCCCCAGGCAGUACUUCAUCCUGCGCAAAAUCAUCAGAAGACUGACGGGAGAUUUGACCCUUGACCCUGAAACAGCCCAUCCCAACCUCCUACUCUCUGAGGACCGCAAGAGCGUCAAGUUUGUGGAGCAGCGUUUGCGAGAUCUGCCGGACAGUCCAAGGCGUUUCAGUGUGUACCCUUGCGUCUUGGCUACGGAUGGCUUCACCUCAGGCCGGCACUACUGGGAGGUAGAAGUGGGUGAAAAGACCCACUGGGCUUUGGGGGUUUGCAACGACUCUGUAAGCCGCAAAGGGGAGACAACUCCUCUGCCGGAGACUGGCUACUGGCGAGUGAGGCUGUUUAAUGGGGACAAAUAUGCAGCCACCACCACCCCGUUCACUCCACUCAACAUCACCAUAAAACCCAAGCGAGUAGGCGUCUUCCUGGACUAUGAGGCUGGAAAGCUGUCGUUCUACAAUGUGACAGACCGCUCCCAUAUCUAUACGUUUACUGACACUUUCACUGAGAAACUUUGGCCUCUGUUCUAUCCAGGGAUCCGUGCUGGCCGCAAGAAUGCAGCCCCUCUCAUCAUUCGGCCUCCCACGGACUGGGAGUGACAACAAAAACAAGCUACACCCUUGGAGGAUUAGCCCUGGCUUCGCCACUUCAAAAGGAUAGGAGAGGGAAACGGCAGCUUGGGGUCCCGACAGCGCCACCUCAGCAGGCAAAUACAAAAAUAGCACCAGAGGGAAAUAGGGAGGGGUGUGUUCUCCAAAAAAAAAAUUGCAUUUUAGACAUCAUAUACCAUUAAAAGAAUGAUGGUAAGUAUAGGAAGAGACUGUCGUUGGACAAAAAAUAGGCAUCUGAAAUAGUAAUGCCUUGGAGAGCCAGUUAAGUGUUUGUUUCCUUCUCCAUCCCCGAAUCGCUACAGAGGAGACAACAGUGCUCCAACAUAAUCUUAUAUUAGGCAAAAGGUCACACUGCACUAGCUGUGGGCAGAACUGGUGAGAAAUUGUGUGGGUCAAAAGGUCUGGUACUCUGUGCACUCUGGUAAAAACGGAAGGAGCACCCUGCAGCAUGGGGAAUGUGAAAUGAUCCCUUCGUGGAAGGAUUAGGUAAAUCAAGGAGUCUUGUGCACAUACAAAGCAGAAAACAGCCUUCCAUUUUCCAGGUUUUAUUUUUGUUGACAGCUUAAAGUGUACAUAAACCUCCCAUCCUGUCCUCUUGGUAGGGUGCUGUGGUGUGUGGGUGGGAGCAAUCAAAAUGGCUCAGGAAUAGGCCGGUGCCUUCUCUUUUGGUACAGCCAUGCUCACUUCGGGAGGUCAUCUUUGCAGGACCACUCAGUUCCAUCCGCUGCUUGUGGUUGCCGUUGCCCUUCUGGUUUGGACUGCCGAGAUGGGAAAAGCUGAAUUAGUGCUCCAGUCUCUUCUUUCCCCACCUCACCCGGGAAGGGAGAGCUCCCCGGUCGUAGUCCUGGACAAACGGGUCUUGAGACCCUCCACAUGACCAUGAUUGUAUCUGAAAGGCCAACACUCUCAACCUCCCAGCUGGUAGCGGUGGAUGCUUUAGUUUUGCCCACGGCAGUUUCCUGCUCAUGGAGACUGGGCCAUCUGACCUCAGGCGACCAUCACAGACUGCCUCAGUGAUGAGUUUGGCAGUGCCCAGCACUGUCGCUUCCGCUUGUGGGCAGUGAGGCAAAGUACCACUACCUGGCAUUUACCACAAUCAGGGAGCCCCCAAGGGCCCGAGUGGGGCAUGAAUGUCUUCCAGUAGUUCACUUGAAUGAAGAGAGAGGCUCCUCUCCAGACCCCUUUCUUUGGAAGUUCACUUCUGUGGCAUGUUUUACAUUGAAAAGUGUGUGUGUGAUGUACAUGCAUGCAUGAUGCUUUUCAUGUAAUCCCCCUCCCCACAGUGUGCACACUCACCCGUUUUGGUGAUGGGGGGCGCAGCAAAGUAGGCUAAAAAACUGCCAAUUCAUAGUGAAGGUAGAUGCGAUUAGGUGCAUGUUGGUAUGUCCACAUGCUGCCUCUGUCACCCCUGCUUUACUGGAAUUGUCUUAGGAAGAAGCCUGUUUGUGCUUUAAAACUGUUGGAACCUGAAGAUCAGGGAAAUAAGCAGCUGCAAAGUGGUAGAGGCAAAAGAGGUAAGUGAGUGCUGUGUUCAUUUUCAUGGACCCUCAGUUUCCUCCUCCUCUCUUUGAGCCCUUAAAAUUUGAAACAUCUUUACAGGUGCUAUCUGAACAGGUUAAUUGGCCAAUUACGAAUAAAGUUAUUUUUCAUUUGAAGAAAGUUGAAAUGGAAGUAAAACAAGAUGUUAGCAAAGAUGUUCAAGAAUUGACUGCAAAAGAACCCCUGGGAUUUCCCAUCUUCUUACAAGAAAGUUACGCUAAUCUUUCAAGAGAGUGAGAGAUCCUGGCUAUGGGGAGUCGAGUUGGAGAAUGGAUCAGACUUCUGCAUGUGUUCAGGUCAAUUUUUAAAUGUUCAGAGUUCUUUCUCUUUCAAAGCUGAGCUUGUCUUUAUGGGUGUUAAUCCACAGAUAGUGGCAAAACGGGAUUCUCUCUGCUGUUGGGUUGUAGCCAUUUUAGGGGCAUAGUAUGCUGUACUGCUGUUAAGCCAUAGAGCGGGUCCUGUUUCUUGAUGGUCCUGGGUGGGGGUUGGGUUGGCUUUGGAGGAUUCUUGACUUUCAGUGGUUUGGCAGCACAUUAAGAGUGAGUACCUGUGAUUUGAAGGGAGGAGGAAUAUCAAAAUCCGUGGGGUGAAUGUUAACGCAGAACCGUCUUCCCUCCCUCAGCCCUGGGAGUCCUGCAUAGAGGCGUGCUCUGUACAUUGGAGAUUCGACUCUUUGCUGAUGGCAAGUAGAACAUGGAGGGAUUCCCCCCAGGCUUCUUCACUAGAUGAAGAGGAGUUAGUUCAAAAAUCAUUAUGAGUCGUAUGUGCAUGUGUGAUUAGAAUGCAAAAAAAAAAUAGUGAAUGAGAGAGUGUAAAUUGCAGAGCUACCUCUGAGCAUGGCAAGAAACAGAACCCGAAAGGAUCCCUUCAGUUCCUACAGGGAACAGAAUUUCUAGUUCAGCUGCAGUUUAGCUUAACAGGCUCCUUCCUUCCACUGAUCUCUCGCCUGAAUUCCUGUGAGCUGAGGGAAGCCAGGGAAGGAGACAAAUGAAAUAAAAGUGUGGCUACUUGGAAACUUUGAGCAUGAGCGGCUGGCGUAUUGGCAGUUCUUUGGCACCCACGGCUUAGUGUAAGAAAUUUAUGUUGUGGCUUGUAAAGUUAUUAAUAAAACUCUGUUUUAUUGG